GAUUCUUGUGCGUUUCGUAUCCUGGAACUUCGUUCUUGUUUGCAUCGUCAAUUCCCCAAUUGAAAGUUAGCUGCCAUCGGGCUAGACCAUUCAAGAUGUUGGCCACCAGAGCAGUUCAAUCAUCUCUGAGGCGGCUUGCCGUCCAGCCAUCAUCGCGGACGGUUCUGUCCAAAUGGGCGUCCCCCGCGGCGAUUGCGACGAACGCACAUCUCGUUCAGCGGAGACAAGUCCAAACCGUUUCCGGCGACCCAAACGCCAAUAGCGAGCUCAUCAAGCAACGACUCGCUCGCCCCGUCUCCCCACACAUCAGCAUCUACCGCUUCAGCCACUGGUACGCCUCGGGCUUCCACCGCAUCACCGGCAUCCUCCUCUCCGGCGGCUUCUAUCUCUACAUGGCCGCCUACGCCGCGGCCCCGUCGCUGGGCUGGCAGAUCGGGUCGGCCAGCCUGGCGGCUGGCUUCGGCGCGUGGCCGAUCGCUGCGAAGAUCGCGACGAAGUUCGCGGUGGCAUCGCCGUUCGUGUAUCACUGUGUCAACGGGCUGAGACAUUUGACGUGGGAUACCGGGAAGAUGUUUAGCUUGACGAUGGUGAAGAGGACGGAGGUGCUGACGGUCGUGACGGCUCUUGUGGGGGCUUUGACUUUGGCAUUCAUUUAAGAUAGCAGGGGGACGGAAACUGAAAGAGUUGAUUGUACAAAACGAUGUCUACGGUCUGAUGGUGGUGAAGUGAGUGUCAGGAUAAGGGCACGAA